UACCUUUCUGUCAGAAGUGGACUCUGCAGUGUGAUCAGAGGACCGUGAAAAACAUAGUACCUCUAGGACCGUGCAUGAUCACAUGUGCAGAGUAGGAUACAUGCAUUCACACACAUGCAUUCUCACACAUGCUUUCACACACAUGCAUUCACACACAUGUACACACACACAUGUAUACACACACAUGCAUUCACACACAUGCAUUCACACACAUGCAUUCUCACACAUGCAUUCGCACACAUACAUUCGCACACAUGCUUUCACACACACAUGCAUUCACACACAUGCAUUCUCACACAUGCAUUCACACACACAUGCAUACGCACACAUGCAUACGCACACAUGCAUACGCACACAUGCAUUCUCACACAUGCAUUCACACACAUGCAUACGCACACAUGCAUUCGCACACAUGCAUUCACUCACAUGCAUUCACUCACAUGCAUUCACACACAUGCAUUCACACACAUGCAUUCACACACAUGCAUACGCACACAUGCAUACGCACACAUGCACACGCACACAUGCACACGCACACAUGCACACGCACACAUGCAUUCGCACACAUGCAUUCGCACACAUGCAUUCGCACACAUGCACACGCACACAUGCAUUCGCACACAUACAUACACACACAUGCAUACGCACACAUGCAUUCACACACAUGCAUACGCAUACAUGCAUUCACACACAUGCAUAUGCACACAUGCAUUCACACACAUGCGUACGCACACAUGCAUAUGCACACAUGCAUACGCACACAUACAUACACACACAUGCAUUCUGACACAUGCAUGCACUCAAUGCCACCGAGGCCACAUUCUAAUUACAAGCCUCAUUAUUCUGUUCGGAUUAAGGUAAGAGAAAGAUGAACAAUCAUAAGCCAUCAAAGGAAACUGAGCUGAUUUAAUUUAUUUAAAGAAAGAAAAUAUAUUUGUGAGGGAAUAAUUGUUUUCAUUUCUUUAAUUUAGCAUCAUAAGGUCACUCAAAAUCAGGGUGUAAGUCUGAAUCAAUGAAAGCUGUAAAUAAAAAUCAGAGUUAUUCCACCAAAUAUGGAUUUCUGAAAACUUUAGUACUGUUGUUUUUAAAUUAAUUUGAGCUUGUUUUCUUUGCAUAAUGUGAUGAUGUUACUUUGCUAUUAACAAUUCACUGCUUUAUAUAAAAUAAACUAUUAGCUUUAAAAACGUAUCUAAACUCUAAUAGACAGUCUAUGGCUAUACUGAUGAAAGCAGGACGACCACACUCAGUUAAUUUUAGUAUAAUAAAGCUCUUUCUCCUUCUUCAGACUGUUGAGUAGUCACUCCCCGUCUGGUACUCGCAGGGCCGUCAUCCGGGAAGCCUCCGCUCACGGUGUGGGACAUCAGUAUCUGGAGUUGUGAUGAAUGGUCACUGUUCAGGUGUGGGGCUGCAGGGGACUGGAGAAAAGCUUCGACCUCACAGCUCUCAGCAAACACGGAAAAGUCUACGAGGACGCACAGUUUGCGUGUCUGGCCUGGUCACCGUGUGAGGAAAAGUUGCUGUAUGUUGCGGAGAAGAAGAGGGUGGGGUCAUCAGAAAAAGCAUCACCCUCCUCAGCCAAUCAGAGUGGAGAGUUGAUAGUGCUGGAAGAAGAGGAUAAGAAUGUGUAUAUGGAGGACUGGGGGGAGGGUCUGGUUGGUAAAUCUGUGCCGGUGCUGUGUGUAGCGGACCUGUCUAAACGAGAGGUGAACGUAUGCACUGGGGUUCCACCUCACGUCUCACCUGGACAGGCUCUGUGGGCGGAGGGUGGCAGGGGCGUGGUCUUCGUGGGCUGGUGGAACGAGCCGUUUAGGCUCGGCCUGAAGUUCUGCUCUAAUCGGAGAUCAGCUCUGUUCCACAUAGACUUGAAGGGGAACUGUGAGCUGCUGUCGGCUGAUUCUGGUUCUGUGUCGAGUCCUCGGUUGAGUCCAGAUCACAGCUGGCUCGUCUAUCUGCAGGGUCGAGUGUUCGGACCUCACCAUCAGUGCCUCCUUAUGAUGCUGUAUGACAUAGAGAAAAGGAGCAGCUCAGUGUUGAUAGAUGUAAUAAGAAGAGCUGGGAAAGGUCAGUUUGCAGGUGUGUAUGACCCACUGCCUCCUCAGUGCUGGGCAUCAAACAGUGAGGAAAUCUUCUUCAGCAGCCCCUGUGGAAACAGCAAGGUGGUGUUUUCAGUGGACAGACAGACUGGAAGAAUACGACCUGUGUAUGACACCAGUACAACAUCAUCAGAGCGAGAGUUUGGGAGUGCCAGGCUGUUGACAGUAAUAAAUGAUUUGUUGGUGAUAUCCUGCUCUUCUCCUAACCACCCCCCAAGCCUGGUGGUGGGUUUUGUAUCAAGUAGAGAGAAUAAACAGGAAGUGCAGUGGACUCACCUGGGCGGAGCUGAUGUAUGUGAGAAAUUUGAUUGGCAGGACAUAAUAAUCACGCCCCCACCAGAGGAAGAAAACCACCAGUUCUCUGGACUUACGUUUGGGGCGGUGCUUCUGAAACCUGACAGCUCUUCCAAGAGUGGAAAAAUUCCCCUGGUGGUCUUCAUACAUGGAGGACCUCAUUCUCAUUUUGCUGCAGAGUGGAAUGUUACUGCUGCAGCUCUGACUAAACUGGGAUUUGCUGUUCUCCUGGUUAAUUACAGAGGCUCCACUGGGUUUGGUCACGACAGCAUUGAUUCACUGCUGGGAAACGUCGGCAGUCAGGACGUUAAAGAUGUGCAGAGGGCCGUGCUCCAUAUCCUGCAGAGUGACCAGGCCCUUGAUGCUGAUAGGGUAGCAGUGAUGGGCGGCUCUCAUGGAGGAUUCCUGGCCUGUCACCUGAUUGGUCAGUAUCCGGAGUUUUACAGAGCAUGUGCAGCUCGGAACCCCGUCAUCAACGCAGCCACUCUGGUGGGAACCAGUGACAUCGUAGACUGGAGAUACUCAUCUGUUGGUCUGCAUUACUCCUUUGACCAGCUGCCCACUCCAGAAGCCCUUAUCACCAUGCUGGAGAAAUCACCUAUAGCACAUGCUGCUCAGAUCUGUGCUCCAGUGUUGCUCAUGUUGGGAGGGAAGGAUAAGAGGGUCUCACCUUAUCAAGGCCUGGAGCUUUACAAAGCCCUCAAGAGCAGGAAAUCACCCGUCAGAUUAUUAUGGUAUGAUGGUGACGGUCACUCUCUUUCCAGACUUGAGACUCAGUCAGACUGUUUCCUUAACAUUGCUCUGUGGUUCCAACAACACUUAAAUAUGAACUGAACUCAGUCCAGCUGAUCCGAAGUGUCCUGUUUAUACAGAAUCUGUACAGAAACUCACUCAGAACUGUACACCAGCCGGAUGUGAAUAGUUUGAGUAUGGUGUUUUUUUAUAAUAACUACCAGGCGGCAGACUUACCCUGUGAUCACUGAAGACGCUGAAGUUUUACAGUAUGUAGGUACGUCCCCAGUGGGUACUAUUUAUUUGAUAUUAUCACAGUUAGUUCCGACCCUGCAAUGUGAUUGGCUGAGAGGCAUUCUAUGAGUGCCGUUAUUAGCCGGUAAUGCACUGUAACCGAAGCUCUCCAUGUAUUACUCCACCAACAAUGCAGCGCUGACAAACCAAAUACAAACCAAACAGCGCAGCUGCAAACAGACAUGCCUGAAAUAUAAAAAAGAUGCAGAGCUUUCAGACCUCAAAUAAUGCAAAGAAAACAAGUUCAUGUUCAUAAAGUUUUAGAAGUUCAGAAAUCAACAUUUGGUGGAAUAACUCUGGUUUUUAAUCACAUUUUUUUUCAUGCAUCUUGGCAUCAUGUCCUCCUCCACCAGUCUUACACACUGCUUUUGGAUAACUUUAUGCUGCUUUACUCCUGGUGCAAAAAUUCAAGCAGUUCAGUUUGGUGGUUUGAUGGUUUGUGAUCAUCCAUCUUCCUCUUGAUUAUAUUCCAGAGGUUUUACAUUUGGUAAAAUCAAAGAAACUCAUCAUUUUUUAGUGUUCUCUUAUUUUUUCCUGAGCUGAAUAUACCCUGGAGUAUUAGUGCGUAGUAUGCAAUUGGGACACAACCUGUGUGAGAAAUUCUGUCCUCCUCCUUUCAGAGGUUAAUGGGCAAUACGUAGUGUUAAAUAUAUAUAUAUAUUUUUAUGCAUUAUAUGCGGUAUCAUUAUAUAUACACCAUGAAGGGUUUGAGUCCUGGUUAAGACCAUCCAGCAUAUAUCCAUAUACUGUACUGUAUUCAGUUUUGUGUUAUUAAGAACGGUUUGUGAUUAAGGAUAAUAAUAAUAAAAAAAAAUGCAUUACAAACACAUUAAAGCUGUGUU